CGCGAUUGGGAAGGCGAAAGUAGUCUCGCCUUUUUCACAGCGAAUUUCCCCCACCCGUCCCCAUCGCAGAGAGGCAGAGAGAAUCCACACUCCAAAACCCACCGUUCCCCAUGGAGAAGGGCGACGAAACCCUCGCCUACCCCGCCGCCGCCGCCGGCGGCCAGAAGACCGCGCCCAUCGGAUGCUUCGCCGGCGACGACGUUGCCGCCACCACCGACGGGCACCCCACCAAGUCCUACGCCGCCGUCGCCGCCGAGAAGACCUUGCCCAACGGCAGCGUCGAGGAGGACGAGGUCACCGUCACCGCCGCCGAGAACCCCGCCAAGUCCUACGCCGCCGUCGUCGCUGAGAAGACCAGCCCCAACGGCAGCGUCGCGGAGGACGAGGUCACCGUCACCGCCGCCGAGAACCGCGCCAAGUCCUACGCCGACGUCGCCGCCGAGAAGACCUACCCCAACGGCAACGUCGAGGAGGACGAGGUCUCCGUCACCGCGGCCGUGAACCCCGCCAAGUCCUACGCCACCGUCGCCGCCGAGAAGACCGUGCCGGACGGCAGCGUUGCGGAGGAUGAGGUCACCGUCACCGCCCCGGUGAACCCCGCCAAGUCCUACGCCGCCGUCGCCGCCAACGCCGAGAUCGAGGACCUCCGCACCACCAAUCACGACCUGGAGGAGAAGCUCGCCGCUGCCGACCGUGAGAAGAAGGGGCGUGCCACGGAGAUCGACGGCCUGAAGGACACCUCCGAUAAGGCCAAGCAGAACUCGGUCGUCUUCCAGUACAUCGCCUCUUCUUCCGACGCGAAGGUGCUUGCGCUCCGCGAGGAGCUCGAGGAUCUGCAGAAACUCCUCCAAGCAGAGAAAGAUGAAUUCAAGGCGGACAAGCGCGACUCCAAUCAGCUCGCCGGCAAGGUGGGGUCCGAACGCGCGGUGAAGAUGAGGCUCGAGGAGGAGGUGAUUGCCAUGAAGGAGAGGGCCAGGGCCAGGGCCGCCGCUGCCGCUGCCGCUGCCGCUGCGGAGGACGAGAGGGUGGCUGCUCCGACACCUGGGACCCUGCAGGGAGCGCGGGUCGCGUGGCCGGUGAUGGCUGGAGCUGCGGCCGUCGGCGCCGCCGCGGCAGCUGUUGCCGUGGUGAUCUUCCUCCGCCUCAAGAGGUAAACUGGUGAUCUGAUGCACAGGAAGUUUUGCUCUGCUGCGACAGCCUAUGGAAGAUUUGAUGAGUUUUUUUGUGGUGAUGAACUGAUGAUGGUAGAGUGCUGGAUGAGAAUAGUAUGACUUCUAUGAGCUAGUUGCUUAAUAGCCUACAGAAACAUAGGGAUCUGAACACUUGUUAUGUUCCAUUCCUGUUUUUCCUUUUAUCAUUCUACCUUCUUCGGUGGUGACGCUAAAUGUCUGAAACAAUUUGUGAUGCGUAACUGAGGAACGCCGAAUGGUUGCUGUGCGGUUAUGCUUUUUCUCCAUUCUGAGCUUCUCAUUACUUCUUACUGAUGGUUUGCAGUUUGCAUA